AUGCUCAAGUGGAAAGACGAUCAUUUGGUGCUGGUCUUCACCGCAUUGCAGGAGUUUCUGCCAACUGGAGCUUAUGUUGAUCCGGAGCAACUGGCAUCUUUUCAGAGGCAAGGAGAUGUGCCGCCUUUCUUGGUAGAUUCUCAAGUGGACAUAGAAGCGGGGGAGUGGGCAGCGUCACCCACUACAGUUCUCUUCUACCCCAGCAUAGUUGAGCAGAUCUACCCUCACCAAGAGAAAGACUUCACGUGGCUGGUGAACUACACUGUGCCUCUACAUGUGCGCUACCACAGACCACGCAGCCUAAGCAGUCAUGGCAGCUCUGAAGCAACAGUGCGCAUCCCUCACCCCGGUAUCUUCCUGCAAUGUGGACGUGUUGAAAUGCUGGGAAAUUGCCUCGAUGACGCGGUGCUAUUGCCUUGCACAUCUCACACAGGAACAACCUUUACUAUUGCUAACCAGAAAUCCCUUGAAAUUCCGGAUGAAUUAUACGAAGAAAUGGGCACCAGUCCUGCACCUGGUGCUAAGAAAAGCUCUAUAGAUCUGUCUAGCGCUCUUGCAUCAGAUGCAAAAAGGGUGGAAAACUAUGAAAAUAAGGGCGAAGAGAAUCCCAGCGAGACUAAAGAUGAUAUGGACCGAAUGGCUGAAGCAUCGUCCGAAUCUAAGACAGAUUUUAAUAAUGGUGUUGAGGAUAAGUCUUCCCAAAUACCCAGUCAAGUCAAGUAUUCAAUUUCACGAAAAGAGGUCGCAUUUGCGGGAAUGUCCAGUGAGCCACCCAACUGUUACUGGCUGCCCUUACAUUCAUUCAGUGUGAGUAUUAAUAAAAUGUUCAAAACAGGGGGCGCAUGCCGGAGGCCAGCCUUGCCUAACUUCACACUUAGUUCAUAUUUAUUCCGUAGGUGA